AGAGAAAACAGAAAAUGACUGUAGAGCAAGGAAUUGGAGAACCCAGAGACCAGUUUCCCAUUGGCAUGAGGGUCUUAGCCGUUGACGAUGACCCUACUUGCCUCUUGCUGCUAGAGACUCUGCUUCGUCGUUGCCAAUACAAUGGUCUUAAUAUCCUCGUCCUUGUGUUUUUUCAUUCACUCGUUUAUGGGUUUUCCGAGUUGGGUUUUUGGAUUCGUACUUCCUUGUUAUGAUUUUGAUGUUGGUUUGCUGAUUGGCUAAUUUGGGUGUUCAUGUCCAUUUGGUGUUUCAGUUUAUUUCAUUUUGUUCUUUGUUUCGCAAUUUAUUUAUAUAUCUGCGUGGAAUACGAAAUCUGCGCCAAUUGUUGGCUUAAUUGAACUUCUCUGUUGUAUUUUUUACUCCCUUAAUUUUUUCUUGAAGUGUGUGUCUCUAUUUCAUAUCUUUCUUUCGCGAGAUGGGCCCUUAGAUGUGCAUCUACUUUAUGCUUUAUUAUUGUGAUAGAGUUUACAGUUUCGCUUUUGAAUCUUUACCGUCUCCACCAGCUUUAUAUGAUUUUAAUUUAAGUGUUUUAUAAUUAUUGGAACUGUAGGAUCCACCGAGUUGAUUGCUUAUGUACCUUUGGUUCUAGUUCUCUGGAGUUAGAUUUUUAUGUUCUUUGCUUAAGUUUCCAAUAUCUUGUGAUUUAUUGGGUGUGACUCAUUACUGGAUUUUUUUUCCCUUCGCAUUGGUUAUGUACUAUUCACUGCUUUUAUAUGUUUUAACUGAUUGUGGUGUUUCUGGAUUUUGACUACUCAGUUUUAUUCAAAAUGGAUUUUGAUCUGUGCAGUUACCACAACAAGUCAGGCAAUUGCUGCAUUGAAGAUGUUAAGGGAAAAUAAGAACAAGUUUGACCUGGUUAUCAGUGAUGUGCAUAUGCCAGACAUGGAUGGUUUUAAAUUGCUGGAGCUCGUGGGGCUUGAGAUGGACCUACCUGUCAUAAAAUGAGGUUGUUCGACCAGGUCGUGAUGCUAAUUCAAUUGUUGAUAUUAUGUAGUGUUGUCAGCAUAUAGUGAUCCAAAGCUUGUGAUGAAGGGGAUUACUCAUGGAGCUUGCGAUUAUUUGCUGAAGCCUGUUCGAAUGGAGGAGUUGAAGAACAUAUGGCAACAUGUAAUUAGGAGAAGAAAAUUUGAUAACAAGGAUUGGAAUAACUUUGACAACCAAGACAAGCUUCAUCAUGGAAGUGAUGAAACCACAGCUGACCACAAGCUUAAUAAAAAAAGGAAGGACCAGAAUGAAGAUGAGGAUGAGGACCGUGAUGAUAAUGGACAUGAAAAUGAGGAUCCAACAACCCAAAAGAAACCUCGGGUUGUUUGGUCUGUAGAGCUGCAUCGCAAGUUUGUCGCAGCUGUUAAUCAGUUAGGCCUUGACAAAGCUGUGCCUAAAAAGAUUCUUGAUUUAAUGAAUGUUGAAAAGCUUACAAGAGAAAAUGUCGCAAGCCAUCUCCAGAAAUAUAGGCUUUACCUUAAAAGGAUCAGCGCUGUGGCAAAUCAGCAAGCUACUAUGGCAGCUUUAGGCAGCCCAGACGCUUCCUAUUUGCAAAUGGGUCCUGUGAAUGGACUUGGUUUCCCCAACUUGGCUGGAACUGGGCAGUUUCAUAAUGCAACUUUCAGAUCUUUCCCACCUAGUGGUAUGCUUGGCAGGUUAAAUUCUCCUGCUGCUCUUGGUAUGCGUGGUCUUCCUUCUGCUGGAGUGAUUCAGAUAGGUCAUUUACCAACCACAGGCCAAUUGACUAGCAGUCAGAGCCAAUUCCAGUCAAUUAUUCAUCCGAGAAACGGUGGGAAUGUGCUUCAAGGGAUGCCAAUGUCAUUAGAAUUUGAUCAAGUACAUUCUAACAAGGUUGUUACCUACAUUAGAGAUACUGAUGUUAAUGAUACAACUACUCCCUCUGUUUCUAGUGGCUUCCUAGAUGCAAAAAUAAUGGCUGGCAGCUCAAACGGUCCUCUUCUCGGUGUUUCAAACAAAUCCUUGAUGUUAGAAGGGAAUGCUCUAGAGGCACAAGAUGGCCAAAAGUUUGGAAAACAAUCUUCCCUUGCUGUGGCUUCUUUAUCUUUAGAUUCAGGGUUUUCUUCCAAUUUUCUGGAUAAUGGCAGCUGUAACGACAGCUGGUCAAGUUCUGUUCAUUCGACAGGCAUCCAAUCAAAUUCUUUUGCCUUAAAUGAAUGCUUUCAGCAAGCUACUAUGCAUCCUAGUAACAUCAGAGAUUGCGUGUCAACAAUGGCUUCACAAAGUGGGAAUAAUGCUUCUCAUGUCUCUUCUAUUUCUUCAAUGCCAAUUCACUUGCAGGACUCCAAGGCAGAUGUACAUUGCCAAAUAGCUUCAAUUACGAGUAAUGCUAGACAAAUGAUUAACAAUGCCCCACAAAGGUGGGAUGACCGGAGGCAAGAUGCUUCUUGCCGCUCAAAUGCAGUUUGUUGUUCAAUAAACUCUGGAGUUCCUAUUCAUGGUACUGGGAAUCCAAUGGGUCAGAGUUUGGACCCAAAUGAUGUAAUUUUGGAUAGAACCAAGAACUUCAAUUCAACAAGACAACCAAAUAUUGUUGAUCCAUCUCCCAUGAAACAUGAUGAGGUUGAAAAUUUGACUAUGGAGUCACUAAUGAGGUCCAACGAAGGAUAUGCGGUAGGCCAACAGAACCAACAGGGCAGUCAUGUUUCCAAUAAUUUCGGCUCCUUGGAAGAUUUAGCAUGUGUAAUGGUGAAACAGGAAAAUAAGGUGACAGCAACAGUAGGAGAAUUUGCUUACGGUGCUUAUUCUCUGAGGAUGAGCAUGUAAAGUAUAUUUUAUUAGCUGCCUAAAUCCCCAAGAGAGAAGGAUUGCCAGAGAAUCAUGUUUUUCCCUCAUGUGAUUUAGGCAACUUUACUAGCAGUAGUUUCUAUUUUCAGCUUAGAAAAUUUUUCUAGCUGGUUGAACAGUCAUACAACUUGUAAAAAUUUCUUAAGAACAUGUUUGUUCUUGAACACUGGGAAAUGUAUAUUCUUGAUCAUGAACCCAGAGUAGCAUUUUGCUUGUUUUUA